AUGAUUUUCUUGAAAGCAAGUUUUUCAUGUUGUCGCGACAGGUUGGACUACCCUCCGGAGGCAACGGACAUCGAAGAGCAUGAUAUACUCACUUCGAAGCAACUCACAGAAAUUAACCCACAGAAAUCUGUCUGUGCCUGGGCUGGCUGCAAUAUUUUCCAUCGUCUCACCUCGUGUACGGGCGCUUAUUUCUCGAACCGUGGGUACCUGUCCCCAACUUAUGAUCCGACACCGACGAUAAGAACUUUCUCUCUCACUCCCUCAGCAAUGGACCCUCCGUCUCAAGAUCCUCGUCGGAAGGCCCGACUAACGAAUCUAUUUAACUCGAUCCUCCAUUCGGAGACGGCCAUAUCGCCCUCGAAUGGUGCCCGUUUUUUGGAAUCAAUCUAUUCUCAAGAUGAUCCUUCAGUGUGUAUGGGGAGAGUGGUAGGCAGUCCCGCUGGGUUUUCCGCCCUUCAAAGUGCUAUCCGAUAUGAUCUUUCAUCCACAUUUCUCAACACACAUGCAUCAUUUAUUCUUCAGUACCUCCAGCAUCCUGACAUCAAAGCUAUCAACAACGGCAUGCUGCUCGAAGAUGUGCUCAUCAAACUCGUUGAGCCGCCGAUAUUUUGGAUAGAAUUUCGACAGGCCUUUCUGAAAGGCGAUCUCGACGAGAAUGCGACGACAGCUUUCGCCUGGUUGCUGUUGCAACUCUGCAUGUUACCCGAGAAAGCUUCAACCUAUCAGAAGGAUCCGGAAAUGGCAUCAUUCCAAAAGCGGUUCCUGUCCUCUCCUGUGCCGAAGUUGAAGUCCUUUGGCCUCAAGAUCAAAGACAUCCUUGACACUUGCGGCACAGAAAUCCACAGUGGGCAUCCUCUGGUUAGCGCCGGUCCAGGAGGCCGACAUGAUAACGACUUCGUGGAUUUCAGACGCAUAGCGAUCCUACCGACUUGGGAGGAAAUGGAAUGCAAAACUCCACCGUUUUUACAACUUGCGAGUGUGUUAGAGGAUCCGGAAACGGAAGAAUUUCGUGUGGCAAUCCAUCUAGAUAACCAAUUUCGCCUCCUCCGGGAGGAUAUGAUCCACGAGAUGCGAGAGGAAGUGGCAAUCGCAACUGGAAAGAAGAAAGGGUAUCAUAGGGGUGUAAAAGUUCAAGGGUUGGAACUCAAGGGUGUCGAGUGUGAUAAGAAGGAUAGACCGGACAAGAAAGUCAGACCGGACCAGAAGGCCAGACCGGACAAGUGGGGGUUGGUUUGCAUUUGCAAGGAGGACUUUCCGCAGCUGGCAAAAAUCGAGGGAACUCAUAAACGCAAGGAAUUUCUCACUGAAAAGCCAAAUUUCUUCAAGCACCAAUCGCUUGCUUGUCUGCUAGCUGGGAAGGAAGUGGUAGCAUUUCCUUCCAUCAGCCGCGACGAGGACCGUUUGGCCAAGAGUCCACCCGAGAUCAUCCUGCAAUUUGAGGAGGCGGAGAGCACUAAACGGGCUCUGCUCAAAUUCAAGAUGGAGGAUGAUGUCGCCCUUGUCCAAAUUAACACCGCUGUCUUCGCUUUCGAGCCAAUUCUGAAGAGCCUACAGCAGACAAAAUUUCUCCCCUUGUCAUCCGAGCUACUAAUGUGGAAGAAGGGGAGCCCUCUAUACGAAGCCAAAAUACAAGCAGACCCCGUUGUACGCCAACUGAGGGUUGACCCUGGAAGCAAUCUCAGGGAUAUCCUUGGAACGGCAAAGGAUAUUAAACUUGAUCCUUCCCAAGCGGCAUCCCUUGUUUCCGGAUUGACUCAAAGUGUUUCGUUAAUUCAAGGACCUCCAGGUACCGGCAAAUCUUUCAUCGGUGCUCUUAUCGCGAAGGCCAUUCAUGAUCACACCCAACAAACGAUUCUCGUUGUCUGUUACACAAAUCAUGCUUUGGAUGAUAUUCUUACUGGAUUGCUCGACAUUGGCAUCCCACAAUCAAGCAUGCUUCGGCUCGGAGGGAAAUCUACUGCACGAACGGAACCUCUGACCAUCUUUAACCAGCCUCGUGGACCUCCACGCACCAAGUCUGAAUGGUCAUACAUCAACGGGCUGGAGGAACAACUCGAAGACUUGCGACGUGGUCUUGAAACCUCAUUUAAGGAGUACAAGACAUCCACUAUCCGAUUCGGCGACAUUCUUGGUUAUCUUGAAUUUGACGAUGAUGACGAUGAAAGUACUGCAUAUCUCGCGGCCUUCACCGUACCCAAACAAGAGGAUGGGAUGAAUGUCGUUGGGCAGAAUGCUGGUGUCUUUGCAAGGCAAGUUACUACUACAAAAGACGGUGAAAGCAUCUGGCAGCUUCCCUUACAUGCUCGAAAAGCGAAGCUGGAACAAUGGGAAGAUGCGCUUUUGCAAGAAUCCGUCGCCAACUUUGUCAUGGAUGCCUCAGAAUACAAUCGUUGCCAGACGAAACUUGAGCGAGCACGCGGCAAUGACUUGACGAGCCUACUCCUGAGCAAGAGAAUUGUUGGGUGCACGACAACGGCAGCGGCCAAGUAUCGCAACGAGAUACGAGCUUUCAAUCCAGAUGUUUUACUCGUCGAAGAGGCCGGAGAAAUAUUGGAAAGCCACGUCCUAACUUCACUCGGGCCACAGACAUCCCAGAUGAUCCUCAUCGGAGAUCAUAAGCAACUUCGUCCGAAAGUCAAUAACUACCAGUUAACUGUGGAGAAAGAAGAAGGAUUUGACCUGAAUCGUUCCCUUUUCGAACGACUGAUCCUGAAGGAUUAUCCGCAUACAAGUUUGUCACAGCAGCAUCGCAUGCGUCCUGAGAUAUCUGCACUCAUUCGUCAUUUGACAUACCGGGAGCUCGUCGACGCACCAACGACGCAGAACCGUCCAAAUAUCAAAGGUGUUCAAGACAACAUUGUGUUCCUGGACCAUGACUGGCCUGAGGAUGAAAACAAACAACUCGCUGAUCGUAAUGAUAUGGCCUCAACAACCUCGAAACAAAAUUCAUAUGAAAUCAGCAUGAUCCUCAAAAUUGUCAAAUACCUAGCACAGCAAGGCUAUGGCACUGGUGAAUUGGUCGUUUUGACUCCGUACCUUGGACAAUUGCAGAAACUUCGCGAAGCUUUGAAAAAGGACAAUGACCCUAUUCUCAAUGACCUGGACUCCCAUGAAUUGAUUCAAGCAGGUAUCAUCCCUCAGUCCACUUCCAAUCCUAAUCGGAAAAAUCCCAUUCGACUCGCAACCAUAGACAACUACCAGGGUGAAGAAAGCGACAUUGUCAUCGUCUCACUUACUAGGAGCAAUCCUAGUUUUGACAUUGGCUUUAUGUUUUCUCCUGAACGCUUGAAUGUCCUUCUGUCACGCGCUCGGAAUGCCUUGAUCAUGCUCGAUGCCAUCGCCUGGGUGAUCAUUCGAAAAUCAAACGGACCACCUCUGACCUGCCACAAAUGCGAACGCUCUAAGAAGCUGGCGAAAGAGCAACAAGAGCGUGAGGCCGCUGCACAGGAGAGAAGGGAUGCGGAGCAGAAAGCACAUCUAGAGCAGAUGGAUUCCUUAAAUGCUGCUAUUGAGCAGGAGAAUCGCCGACAACAAGAUGAGCGACUGAGAUCGGAAAGAGCCCACGUCCUUGAACAAAAGAGAAGGGAUCUCGAAAUCCUACAGGAAUCAAGGGCUACCACUACCACUGCACCCUCAGCUGAGAGUUCUCAUGCUGUGCCUUCGGGUAGUGGACAGCCAACAUACGUCCCUCCCACCGGUCCCCAGUCUUCUAUGGCAGCAGCCCCCUCCAGCAACCUGCAAAACCCAGAUGGCUCAGGCUCUCCUUCGUCCCCUGCACCAACCCCUUCGAGCAGUGGGAUUUUCGGCCUCGUUGAUAAAAUGAAAACUGCAGUUUCUUCUGCACUCAGUCCUGCUGCGGUUCCUCAGCCGCCACCACAAGCCUCCACUACUGCUGUAGCAUCGGGAAAGCCCUUCAAAGAUUUGCCUGAGUCAAAAUCAAAGCUUGAAUGGAUCCGCCAAAAACAGAUGGAGGGUGCUCAAAACGAUGCGAUUGACGCUAUCAUGGAGAUGACAGGUCUCGAGGCCGUAAAAGAGCAGGUUCUUGCUGUUCAAGCCAAAAUCAACGUCUCGUUGCGCCAGAAUACUUCGCUGAAGCAGGAGAGAUUCAAUGUUGUCCUUCUCGGUAAUCCGGGUACUGGCAAGACCACGAUAGCCCGUCACUAUGCCAAAUUUUUGGCCUCGGUAAAAGCCAUACCUGGCAAUGAGUUUGAAGAAAAGACUGGCGCGCAGUUGGCCCAAGAGGGCGUCGCAGAAACCCAAAAGCUCGUCGACAAGGUGACCAAGGCUGGAGGCGGCGCGAUCUUCAUCGAUGAAGCCUAUCAACUGACUAGCGGCAAUAACCCGGGUGGUGCUGCAGUAUUGGAUUACCUUCUUGCCGAAAUGGAGAAUCGUGUCGGGACCUUGGUCUUCAUUCUGGCAGGUUACAACCGCGAGAUGGAAAAGUUCUUCGAACACAAUCCUGGGCUCAAAAGUCGUGUGCCGUAUGAAUUCAACUUUGCUGAUUACAAGGAUGAAGAGCUGAUGUCGAUGCUGGAAUCAAUGGUCAACAAAUUCUACAGCGGCAAGAUGAAGGUCGAAGGAGGCGUCAAGGGGCUUUAUGGUCGAAUUGCCAUUCGCCGGCUAGGGCGACGGCGAGGACAUCCUGGUUUUGGCAAUGCCCGGGAUCUUCAGGGUGUUUUCAGCAAGAUUCGCGAGCGACAGGCUGUUCGGAUUACGAAAGAACGCAAGGAGGGCAAAUUGACUGAUGAUUUCCUCCUGCUCAAAGACGACAUUAUCGGACUUGCUCGGCGUUUCAAAAUCGAGGAUGCCUUCCAAUUUGAGGACUUCAGUGAUACCGAAUUGCAGCAGAUAAUGGAACUCAAAUUGAAGAAACAAGAUCUUGGCGCCACCGACGAGGCGAAACAUGUCGCCAUUGAGCUCCUUCGUCGUAUGAGGAAUCGUCCCAAUUUUGGAAACGCCGGCGAGGUGGAAAAUUUGAUUGUCCAAGGAAAGACGCGCUGUCUGGCCAGAAGGCAAAAACUAACCCCUGCAGAACGGCCCGUUGACGUUAUCUUUGAACCUGGAGACUUCGACCCCGAUUACAAACGGAGCGAGAAUGCGUCGGCCAACCUGACAAAACUCUUUUCCGACAUUGUUGGCCAUAGCGAAAUUAUACAAAGGCUGCGGAAUUACCAGGAGAUUGCGAACACUUGCAAGGCCAGGGGGAUGGAUGCGAGAGAUCGUAUCCCGACAAACUUCAUAUUUACAGGCCCUCCAGGCACAGGAAAGACAACUGUCGCGAGGAAAAUUGGACAGGUUUUCUACGACAUGGGACUUUUGUCUUCAGACGAGGUUGUUGAGUGUUCUGCUUCGGAUCUGGUGGGGCAAUACGUUGGACAAACAGGGCCGAAGACGAGGAAGCUGUUUGAGAAGGCAUUGGGCAAGGUUCUCUUCGUGGAUGAAGCAUAUCGUCUAAGCGAAGGCCACUUCGCGCAAGAAGCAAUAGAUGAGCUCGUCGGAUUGCUUACGCAUCCCAACUUCAAAUCAAAGCUCGUCAUCAUUCUUGCUGGUUAUGAGGCGGAUAUGCAGCGUCUUAUGGCCGUCAAUACGGGUCUUUCCAGCCGGUUCCCAGAUCAAGUGGUCUUCGAGAAUAUGAGUGCCGAUUAUUGCUUGCAAGUGGUCGAGAAAGAGUUGAGGAAAAACAAUGUCGAGAUCAUCGAGGACGGUGAAGAUGAAGAUUCGCCGGUGGACGUGGAAGUGGAAUUGAAGGGGCUUAUCGAGGACCUGUCUCAACUCCCUGACUGGGGUAAUGCUCGCGACAUGAUGACAUUCUGCAAGGAGCUCAUUAACUUGGCCCUCCUUAAGGAUUCUGCCUUGAGCGGUUCCCUGAACCUCUCUGGGAGAGAUAUCAUCAACGUCAUGGAAAAAAUGGUGGCUGAUAGGCAAAGACGUACCAUGAUCCCUCGAAACUCGCGAAGACCAGCACCGCAAUUGCCAGAGCAAACACUGAACCCAAAUCCUCCAACAGCACCGUCCGUUUCCGUAGACGUGACCUCACAGGCCGCACCUCCAACCCCUCCACCUCGCUCGCCAGCUGUUCGUCAGGGAGAAAUCCGAGCUGAAUCUCCAUCCACUCGUGGUCGCAAAAACACAGCUGGACGGGGCCGAGGCCGAGGCGGGUCAAACAACGUGCAGCCCCAACAACGCGGCAACGUCGGGCAACAGGCUCAAGGCGUUCAGCAAAACGUUCAACGAGAUCCUGGUGUCACUGAUGCUGAAUGGGAGCAGCUCAACGCCGCAAAACGCGAAGCAAUCCGUCAGGAGAGUGAAGCCAAGGCUGCGCUGGCGGCCUUGCAGAAAAAGCUUGCCGCAAAGAAGAAGGCAGAAGAAGCAGAAAAGAAGAGGUUGCGAGAGUUGGAGAAGGCACAGGCCGAAGCAAGGGAUGCAGCACGGAGGGCCGAAAUAGAGAGGCAAAAGGAAGAGGCAAGACGGAAGGCAGAGGCUGCCCGGCGAGCACGAGAGAAGGCUGCGGCGGAACUUCGCGCCAAACAGGAGGCAGAGCGACGAAGAAAGGAGGAGGACGCGCGCGCUCAGCAGAAGUUAAGGCAGCUGGGCAGGUGCAGUGCUGGAUUUGAGUGGAUUAGGCGGGAAUCGUACUACCAGUGCUCUGCUGGUGGCCACACCGUGUCGAUUAGUGAACUUGGUCUUUGA